CCCGCGCCUCACGCCGGCAGGCGUCGCCGCCGCUCCCUCCCGCCACCGCCAAGACUACGUGUCCCGCCGGCCUGCGGGGCGGGGAGAAGAUGUCCGCCGGGGCGGCCCUUCCGCUGCCGGGGGGCGGCGGGGUAGGGGCUCCCUCACGGCCUUCCGGGGCCGGGGAAGGCCGUGCUGCUGCGGGAGGGGAGCCGAGCCCCGCGGGGGGCGGUGGUGGCGCUGGAGCCGCAGCCGGGCGGGCGGCGGGCGGUGGGGCGCGGGGAGGGCGGCGGCACUGUCAGCCCUCCCGGCAGCCCGCCCGCCGCCAUGAGGAGCGAGUCUGUGGCCUGGCCCCCGGCCUCGGCCCAGGCGGCCUCGCUGCUGGAGGAGGCGGCGGACCUGCUGGUGCUGCACCGGGACUUCGCCGCCGCCGUGGAGAGGUGUGAGGCGGGCUGCGACAGCCUGGGCCCCGGGACCGGCCCCGAGAGUUCUGCAGAAGUGAAGUGCUCCCUUUGUGUUGUGGGGAUCCAGGCGCUGGCUGAGAUGAACCGGUGGAGAGAAGUUCUGUCUUGGGUCCUACAGUAUUACCACGUCCCUGAACAUCUACCUCCAAAAGUCCUGGAGCUCUGUAUCCUGUUGUACAGCAAAGUGAAAGAACCCCAGGUGAUGCUAGAGGCUGGCGGUAGCUGGCUCAGAGACCGAACCAAUAAGAGCCUCCCCGAGUACGGUUCAUUGCUGGAGCUCUAUCUGUUGCAUGUGUUGCUUCCGCUUGGUCGCUUUGAGGGGGCAGAAGAGCUUGUACGUGGAUGUGAUGUUUUUGACAGAGACCAGCAGCUAGCAUUUCUCGGGGCCAUUUGUGAAAGCCGAUGUCAGUGGACUCAACGGGAGGAGAUGCACUUGGCUGCUGAAGAGCAGCAAGAUGCAGCAACAGAAACUGUUUUGGGUGCUCUGUCCCAAAAGCUUUUGAACAUGUUGACAUUGCUACGUAGAGCGCUGCGGUCCAUGUCAAGCCACUUCUAUUUACUUCCUUACAAAAAGGUUCUCUUGGCUACUUUUCUGCUGUACCUGGUGGUGGUGAGAUUAGACCCAGCUUCUCCCACAUCACUGCCAUUCAUUUACAAACUGGUCCAGCUCUUCCGACAAGCUUGGGCAGCUGUAUUUUCUCCAAUCCAUAGGCCUCCAAUUCAGGACUAAGUGUCACAGAAUACAUUUUUCUCUGCUGCUGUAAAAUUGUCAGCUUGUCUUGAGGAUGUUAACAGGCUUUUCAAGGAUGGUUGAAAUCAAUGUCCUAAUUGAGAUGACCACCUGUGAACUCCUGUGUGGUAAUACCUUCAUUUCUUCAGACAGGGAAUGGUUUCGUAUGAGUUUUGAAACCACACAGAGUAUUCCUGACACUUUGCUUGGCUCUACAGCACCAUUCUGUCCAACACCAGAGUAAACCACUCCUUCCAUAAUCUAUAGCUGAAUAAGAAUCCUCCUUUUCAAACACUUUGCUUUGGAUAUAGCCGUUGAGUGAGGGUUGUGUAGCCAGUUAUGAACUAUGGAAGAAGGUUCCAUCCUUGCAAAUGCUGGGCAGUUCUCUGAACAAGUGAAAGUGUUCCUGGAGGCAUGACUGUAAAAGACAACAGAGUACCGAUAAUUAGUGGAAUAUUCUGUUUUCCCUGAAGACAUCUGAAAAGCUCAGUUCCUGUGGCAUAGGGUUUAGAACAAGCAUGUGGAACUAAAACACGGGAAGGUGAAGCCUAUUCCACUUUGAAGGCUGUGGUUUCUCUUGUGACUGAUGCCUCCUUAUACAGGCAUUCCUGAUUUUAGUCAUAUUUAAGCCAGAAAGCCAAGGUGGUUGGCCACAAAGACUAUUGUGCUGCACCUACUCUUCUUAUAUGCAAAUUACAGCACUUUGUGCUUGUCUGAUGCAUAGUAAUUCUUUGAAGCCUGUGGUGGUAAGGAAAUAGAUAAAUUUUUUUAAACUAGAUUCUGUAUUAUUGUCCAGUUGAACAGCUGAAGUUGUUGCAUUGUUUUCCUCUUUCCCUACCUCUUGCUUUGUUCACGUAGAUGUCAAAAAGUCUCUAUAUAUCUAGAAUUGUCCCCCCUGCCCCAGUAUCUAAAGUCCUGGGUUACAUGGAGCCAUCUAGCAAUGCUUAUUGUUCAGGACCAAAGUUAGUUAAUAGGUAGAAAGAGAUACUCUUCUGAGAUCCCAAAACUUUCCCCAGAUCUGUGGCAAGAAAAUUAAUAUCUUUGCUAAAGAACUGUCACCAGACUGACUCCAUUUCCAAUGACCAGGGGCAAAAAUUGGAGGUUUGGGGUAGUACAUUAAUUUCUUCUACAUCUAUCCACCUAUCAUCAGUUGACAAAGAGUAAAUUCCAAAGGAGAGAGCCCUGACCUACUUAAAUACUGCUUUCACUGGAGCAAACUGCUGGGUGCUGGAAAGGACAAGUUAAAGGCAAGGAGCCUUUGUGGCAAACAAGUAGCCCAGCAUCUGUGCCAAAAGGAUGCAGGCUGACUGACGUUGGCCCAAACUACAAAAUGGUGAACAAAGUAGCAUUUGGUGGGUAAAUUCUAUCCAACACACCAAACCUGUGAAAAGUAGCCAGUGUAGAUGCCAGUGUGAUGUCUUGAACAGUACUCCCCUUCAGGUCUGUAGCAGUAGUCGUACACUGAUAUGGUGGCUAUUUCUGUUUUUUUCACACAGGUAGCAGCCUGCCUGUGCCUUCAAACUGUGUUGCUUUGCUGUCUACCAGGACACUUCGAAAACAGCCUGCAUCUUCACUGUUAAAAAUAAUUCUAUGUCUAUUUCUUCUGAAAUUAUCCCAAUAGAGAAACACUCCCAGUAUUAGUGUCAGAUAAACUGGAGCAGGUCAUUCAUGAGUGCAGUAAUGACCUUGCCUGGUUGUCUCAAGAGUAAAAACCAAAACAAUCCUGUAUCCUUUCCCAAGUUUUUGUCUCUGCUAGGACUUUGCCCCAGGAGAAGUAACACAUAAUGCUUUUAUUUAAAAGUUACUUCUUACAUACUCUGCGCACAUAGGGAAGGGGCGCUCUCGAUAUUCUUGUAAUCCAACUACAAGUGUAGUUGCAACUCUGCAACCAACAGUUGAUGGAAACCAGGUAGAAUAAAACACAGGAGCUCUGUCUGGAGUUGAGCUCUUUCAAAAAAUUACUAAGUUGUGUUUACUGGCCCCCUGCUUUGCAAGGCCUCACUUUAAGAUCUUUGUAAGCCAGUUAAUGACAUAGCAAAAUUCAGCGACGUCAGGCCAAAUUCUCACCAAAUUGACUGUUUAGGCAACAACCAUUUUUUGUUCUAGUUUUCUAUUCCCAUUUUUUUGUUAGGUGGCAGAGAUGCAAUUUUGGAGGUUGGGACCAGUGGUCUGAGCCAGCCAUACAUUGUGUUUAGAAUGCUGUAUGUCAUGGUCAUUCAUUUACCAGGACUUUGACAUUCAAUUUGAUUUUAAGUGUAGGUUGGUAACCUCCACUUUUUUUGAGUACUACUGAUUUAGCAUUUGUAUUGUAUUUAAUACAUCAUGAGAGGGCAAGAAGGCAGAAACAAGCUGUCAGGUCUUUUUGCAAUUAAUACUGAAACUGCAGUAUUUAAUAUUUACAAUAAAGUCACUGCUGAUUUACCGCUCUGUAGAGUUGCUUAUUUGUGCUGUGAUUAAGUGUAAGAGAACUUUUGCAUUUAAAGUAUUGAUACUCCAGUUUUCAAAUAAUUUCCGGAAAUGUUUCACUGUAUGUCUUCAUUGUACAGGCAUAUUUAAAAGAAGUAGAGGACUUAGUGUGAAUCUGACGAGAUCUAAUCAACUGAUUAUGUUGGUAGGGUAUAGGUCUGCAUUUUCUUAGGAGUUCAGGGAGUGGUAAUUACUUUCUGUGAAAGAUCCAGCUUUUUUUGUUUUGUUUUUUAGAUAUGUGUCUCUGUGUACCUUGGGAUGACCAAAACCAGUAAUGCCAAGAAUAAAGUACUUGCUGUUUAUCUUUA